AACACAAGUCCCGUUCUCGAUCCCGCAAUAUGUCCGACAGUCCUGAUCCCUCCCUCGUCGACCAGGAUGUUACUUUCACCUCCUUCAACCUCGACCCUCGUCUCCAGCGUGCAAUUGCCCGUCUGGAUUACAGCAACCCUACCCUCGUACAAGCCAAAGCAAUCCCAUUAGCACUCGAAGGAAAAGAUAUCCUCGCACGAGCCAAGACCGGAAGUGGAAAGACUGUGGCGUACCUGAUUCCGAUUAUCCAGGGUGUUCUUGCCCGUAAGACGGCGAAUCCGACAGAGAAGGGCACGCAGGCUCUGAUCCUUGUUCCUACGAGGGAGUUGGCGGAGCAGGUUACGAAAUCGAUUGAGCAGUUGACGUUGUACUCUGCGAAAGUGUGUCGAUGCGUGAAUGUCGCUACGCCGCUUUCUGAGGCGGUACAGAAGCCGCUUUUGGCGUCUUUGCCUGAGAUUGUGGUGUCUACGCCGUCGAGAGCGUUGGCGCAUAUUAACUCUGGAUCUUUGUCGCUAAGACCGAGUUUGACAUACCUUGUCAUUGAUGAGGCGGAUCUAUUGAUGGAGUACGGACACGAGGAGGAUUUGAAGGCGGUGGUGAAGGGGUGCCCGAAGGGUGUGCAGACGUUCCUCAUGUCAGCAACCCUCACCAAGGAAGUCGAGUCGAUCAAGAACUGGGGUAUGCGCAAACCCGCCAUCCUCCGUCUCGAAGAAGGCGACGCAGACAGUGAGAGUCAGUUAUUGCAGUACCAAGUCAAGUGCGGCGAGGAAGAGAAGUUCUUGUUGGUCUACGUAAUUUUCAAGCUACGUCUCGUCAAAGGCAAAACGAUCGUCUUUGUCAACGACAUUGAUCGCGGCUACAGAGUCAAGCUCUUCCUGGAGCAGUUUGGCAUCAGGUCGUGUGUCUUGAACGCAGAGCUCCCCGUCAACUCCCGUCUCCACAUCGUGGAGGAAUUCAACAAGGACGUCUACGACAUCAUCAUCGCAACCGACGAAGCCGAUCUCAACGUCCACGCCGGCGACUCAUCCGACGACGAAGCCGCCGUUAAACACGAAGACAACAGCGAACGACCAAGUAAGAAGCGCAAGCGCUCCGGCGCAAAGCAAGAUAAAGAAUAUGGCGUCUCCCGCGGUGUUGACUUCCAAAACGUCUCCUGCGUCCUCAACUUUGACCUCCCCACCACCGUCUCCUCCUACAUCCACCGUAUCGGCCGUACAGCCCGUGCCGGAAAGAGCGGAAUGGCACUCUCCUUCGUCGUCCCCCUCGACCAAUACGGCAAACACAAAGCAACAACUUGCCUCACCGCCAAACGCGACGAGAAAGUCUUGACACGUAUCGAGAAAGAGCAGGAGAAGCGCGGGACAUCGAUUAAACCCUACGCGUUCGACAUGUCCCAAGUCGAUGCCUUCCGGUACCGCAUGGAAGACGCCCUCCGUGCCGUAACCCGCGCAGCGAUCCACACCGCCCGCGCAAAAGAACUCCGACAAGAAAUCCUCACCUCCGAAAAACUCAAACGCCAUUUCGAAGAAAACCCCCAAGAUCUCCAACACCUCCGUCAUGACCUCGAGUUACAUCCCAAUCGGGUACAGCCGCAUCUCAAGCACGUGCCGGAGUAUUUGAUGCCGAAGGCGGGAGGGGAGGGGGUUAUGGAGAAGAGGAAUGUGGGAUUUGUUGGGUUUGGGAAGGUUGGGGAGAAUAGGAUUAGGAAGAACAGGGCGAUUAAUAGGGCGAAGGGGAAGGGGAAGAAGGCGGAUCCGUUGAAGACGUUCAAGGGGAAGGGAAAGCGUUAAUCGAGCGCCGUACGACGUUGAUAAUCUAGGAGCGGACACAGUUCAUGGGAAUGACGGGCGUGAUAGGCUUAGGCGAAUUACAAGCGAGUGCAACUCUCCGAUGCAGCGAUCACCCGUUACCCUUGGAAAUCUACGUACGAUGCGUAACUGUUUUCCCGACCGCCGUCAUAUCCCGUCCCAGCUGGGGAAGGGUACCCGCAGCAGCGCCCCGAUUGGUAUCCCCCCC